UGGUGGUGAGUAUGGGGUGGGGAUCAAGGUCUCCUCAGUCAAGUCCACCCAUCAAAACAAAAUACACAACUUGAAUAAGGUAACUCCAUUACUCACCUCUCAAAACUUUACUUGGAUUUUGAGCUUCUUGGGUCUAGUAGUUCAGGUCAUGGGAACAGAUAAUCGGAAAAAUCUGAGGCUGGAGGUCUUUGGUAUUCUCAAGGAAGCUGUAAGCAUCCUUUGCAAGAACAUCAACUUCCUCAUAUUCACCAUCAUCGUCUCUUUCCCUUUGUUGAGCUUCAUGGUUUACUAUGAAACUUUCCUCUUUAAAACGAUGGUUGAAACUUGGGAUCUUCUGUCACCACGUGAUUAUUCCAACUAUAAUCGGCCACUUCCGUAUCAGCUGAUAACCGAAAACAUGAACCGAGAUUUUGCUUAUAAAUUGAUUCAACUUGGUCUCCUUUAUCUAGUUCCUCUUCAUCUCUUGGAGCUCUUCACCAUGCUUCUCACAAUUGAUUUAGCAUCAAAGAUAUACUCAUCAGAAGACAGACCGCUGACCUUCAAAGAGAUGAUUGAAAAACCCAUUUACAAAGCAAAGCUGAGUAGCACUUUCAUCACGUCAGUCUAUGUUCUCUUCUUGUCAACCUGUACUCUACUGGGAUUGAUAUGGUUAGUAAUAAACUACUCUAUUAUGUUGAGGAACUUCAUUUAUAAUGUGUUGUUUACAGUCAUAUAUGGGGCAGCUUUUGUAGCACUUCUAAUGAAGUAUUUGGAGUGGAGUGCUCAAUGGAACGUGAGUGUUGUAAUUUCGAUUUUAGAAAAGGUAAAGGGGGUUGAAGCUCUUGUUCUCUCUGCUUAUUUAUGUAGAGGAAGUGAGAAACGAGGGAGACUAUUGAUGCUUGUUUUCUUUGCUUGGGGAGUUUGUUUAAGGCUGCCAUGCCUGGUUUUAGGGUGCUAUGAAGGAGGGUUUGGAAUGGUUUUACAGAAUGUUUUUAACAGCUUGGGGAAUGUGAUAAAAUGGAUAGCCUGCAUGGUUUACUUUUAUGACUGCAAAACGAGGAUUUUAGAGAAGAAAGUUGAUGAAGAAGUAGGGAAUGUUGAAAGCAGUUGAUUGAUGAAAUAAAAUAAAAUAGAUGCUUUUGUUUCAGGAAUAAGAAAUUUCAGCAAGUGCAACUUUCUACGCUCUGAUGUUGAAUGUGUUGUAAAUCAUCAUGUAAUCGUAAUUGGUAUGAAUUAAGAAAGAUACGCUUCCAAUUUUCCAUCUUUUCA